AUGGUCCAACAGGACAUCUCGUCCCACUCCCACACCGCGGAAUUUGAGGAACCCCUCAACAGCGAGCCCGGGUUUCUGGGUGUUGACUCGCCGGCGGAGGCAGACCUCUACCGCUGCGUCCACUGUGGCCUGUGCCUGAGUUCCUGCCCUACCUACAGCACCCUCCACUUGGAAACCGAGUCCCCCAGGGGUCGCAUUGCCCUCAUGCGCGCCGUCCACGAGGGACGGGUGGGCAUCAGCGACCGCAUCGUCUCCCACUGGGAAAUGUGUCUCCAGUGCCGGGCCUGCGAGGCGGUAUGUCCUUCCGGAGUACCCUAUGGCCGAAUUAUGGAAUACUCCCGCGCCCAGACUCUGGCCCAGGACAAACAGGGUUCGGCGCUAAAGCGGGUUGACCGGUUCUUCCUGCGGGCGGCCCUGCCUCAUCCGAAGCGAUUGCGGUUCGGGGCCCGCCUGUUGCAGCUAUACCAGCGCACCGGUCUCCGGAAGCUGGUCAGGGCGUCCGGGCUGCUCAAACUUCUACCUGAGACCCUGGCCCAAAUGGAGGCCCAACUGCCGGACCUGGAUGGCCCCUUCUUUGGCCCUACGGAUCAGUUGUACCCGGCACAACCUCGGCAAGGGUCUGAAGGCGCCAACAGCCAAGCCGCCCCCACGGUUGCCCUACUUUCCGGCUGUGUAAUGCCCCUGAUGCAGGGAGAGACGAUGCAGGCGUCGGUGCGGGUUCUGACCCGAAAUGGCUGCAACGUGGCGGUACCACUGGGGCAGGUCUGCUGUGGGGCUCUGAAUAUCCAUGCCGGGGACCUGGAAACGGCCCGCCGUCUGGCCCGCCGCAACAUCGACGUAUUCCUGGCAUCGGGCGCCGACAGGCCCGGGUACAGGAUCAUUACCGCAUCGGCCGGCUGUGGCUCCAACAUGAAGGAGUACAGCGAACUGCUGAAGCACGAUCACCAGUAUGCCGAACCGGCCCGCCGGUUUGCCGAGUUGACGGUGGAUAUCACCGAAUUCCUGGCGGAACUGCCUCUGGACCCACCGCAAGGCCGGAUUGACCGGCGCGUCACCUACCAGGAUCCCUGCCAUCUGGUCCACGCCCAGCGAAUUACCCGCCAGCCACGGGAUGUGCUGAAGGCGGUGCCAGGUCUGGAACUGGUGGAGAUGGAAGCAUCGACGAUGUGCUGCGGUGGCGCAGGAUUCUAUUCAAUGGUGCAACCCGACCUGUCGGGCCGGAUUCUGGCUACCAAGAUAGGAAACAUUGAGGCCACCAAUGCCGAGCAGGUGGUAACCGCCAAUCCUGGCUGCAUGAUGCAGAUAGAGCAGGGGCUGGGGUCGGCGAACUGUCCCGCUGCAGGCCAGAAGGUUGUGCACGUCGUGGAUCUGCUGGACGAGGCGUACCGGAGUGAGGGUGACUAG